AUGACAACAAGAGCAAACGCCUACGCCUACAUCCGGGGUAUCAAGAAAAUACCAAAUCUCUCAGGAAGUCGCUCAUUUCUCCGACCCCUCCCCCGCGAUGCCAGCCCAAUCGCUUCGUUGCUCCGUCUUCGACGAGACGUGCACACGACCCGCAGACCGUCGACGGCCGUGACGAUUCGAGACAAUAAUGCCGCAGUUGGAAAUACCAUACAGUCGAAAAUUCGUAUAGGGAAAAUCUCGAACCUCUGUCCUGGUAUUCGUGGCUUUUCUACUCCGGUCAAAGCGAAACCCAUUGCAGACGCAAGUUUAUUCGACGAGCCCGCGCAGAAAGACGAAACAAUCAGCCCAGGCGAGAAAUCGAUCGUUUUACCGGAGGAUGGGGCCUAUCUGGGGGACGAUGCCGAAUCGCGCGAUGAUACCCUGAUUAAAGGAGAAUACUUCAUUUUCUCCAUGUUGAUAUCCGAAAAAUUCCCGGACCGGCUUGAAAUAACAUACAAUCAGCAAGAAGAGAAAUCUCCUUGGGAAUGUUCUAUUUCCUUUUCUUUCAAUGAAGGAAACACUAUAUCUGCUACCGGGAUUGCAAAUAUGAAAGUAGGUUUUCGCUCACCUGAUUCCCUGGUCCAUGAUUUCCUAACGUUUCUGCGGACAAAAAGCACAAAGCAACAAGAAAAGCUUUCAUGGAGCUUUACACAGAAGCUCGAUCUAGUUCUAUCUGGGGAGAAACUACAAUCCGAUCCCAUGGUUAGACAAAUAUUGGAAACCAUGCUUCCUUUCAUAGACAAAGGUGCUGUAAACCCAAUCGAACUGGGCGGGGAGAAGUUUGAUCGUGUUGGGGAGAUGAAUAUGCAUAAAAACGGGAUUUUACGGCUCGAUCGGCCAAAACGACUUAGCAAAACGAGAUCUGUAUGGUCCGCGGAGCUCAGAAUACCGGGCCAACCAAGUAUGAAGACCAGAUUCAAACUAGGGUCCAUGUCCCAACUCUUCUUGCCAUGCAGACAAGUCGCGCGCCUUUUUUUGAUUGCGGAGUUGUAUCGGAAUGGCCUGUGGGAGAGCCUGGAUAACGCACUUGAAGAGGUUAUCAAUUCUCAGAAUGCUUCAGAGGAGUCUCACCAGGAAAAGGAAGCUACAUCGACAGAUAAUACCAUCUCAGAGAGGAAGGUUGUCACGAUGGCCAACUCCAAUCCAGAGGAAGAAGAUUCCAAUUCUCAAAAUGCUUCAAAGCACGAGUCUCACCCGGAAAAGGAAGCUAUAUCGACAGAUAAUGCCAUCUCACAUGAAAAGGCCGUCACGACGGAUAAAUCGAAUACAGAGGCGGAAGCUCGAUCGGAAGAAGCAUCCACCGCCACCAAAAAAAGUCCUUCAGAUCAAGGCUAUGUUAGGUUGACUGCGGAUGACGAUCUACUUGACAUGAUGGGGCUCUUCCGAAACGAUUUACUCAAGGCUUUGAAAGACAUGAAAAAGACGAAAGCGGAUCUUGGACCAAAUAAAGGUGGAAGAUACUUGUCCAACACCUCCCGGGGCUUUCGUUCCUACUACCACAGCAAAUACCAUUCAAAAAGGCUCAAAAAGGCAUUGGAAAAGCUGCGCGGGUCGAAGAGUCCAAAAUUGCUUGAUAUCCGGUCAAAAGUGGCUGACCUGCCAAUCAUGAAAUUCAGACAGCAAGUCCUAGAUCUUGUCAACAAUAACCCGUUCAGUAUAAUUGUUGCCGAGACCGGCUCUGGAAAAUCUACGCAGGUCCCCCAGAUGAUCUUGGAUGAUGCAAUUGACCAGGAUGUCGGGGGCGACUGCAAUAUCCUCUGUACCCAACCUCGGCGCCUCGCCACUUCCCGUCUGGCGGAGAGGAUUUCCCAAGAAAGAAAUGAAAACAUUGGGGAGACAGUAGGUUACAUUGUUCGACACGCCCGUCAGGUAUCCGAAAACACGCAUAUCACGUUCUGCACCACAGGAGUUCUUUUGAAAAUCUUGCAAGACUCAGUUCGCAAUGUUGGAUCCUUCUCUCACAUCAUCAUUGAUGAAGUUCACGUACGAGACAUCGGAAUUGACUUUGUGAUGCUCCUGUUGAGGAAUUUGGUUCGAAAUUGCCAAGGAAAUGGUCGGAAAGCCCCUAAGAUUACCCUGAUGAGCGCAACAGUGGACACCAAACUAUUCUCUGACUACUUUAGUCUCAAGGGGCCAGGAGGGUCACGCAUUUUUGCUCCCCACAUCACCAUUCCGGGCCGCCAAUUUCCCGUGCAGCAUCAUUAUCUUGACGAAAUACUCUCUGAUAUAGGGCAUUCUCCACACGCCUCCCAAUUGAAGGAGCUUCUACAAGAGGAUGAGACUGAGAAAUUCUUGCAUAAGCACUACGCUCUAUUUGGAGAAACCGAGCCGGAAGAACCCGUAGAGACAGACUCUACCAGUGCCUCCAUAUCUCCCCGCCUCGUGUCAUCCGAAGAGGAUAUCCAUAUGCCCUCCGGUCUCUACACCGCGACGAUUCUCCAUAUCCUGUCCACAACAACAUCUGGAUCGAUCGUGUGCUUCCUUCCAGGUCUGCGUCAUAUCCAGGAGGUCAAACAUCGUCUCAUGUUACAUGGGACUGAAUUGAACCUUGACAUGUCGGAUGAGAGUCGUUUCAGAGUCGGGGUUCUGCACUCACAACUCCCAGAGGAGCAAGAAAAGCUGAACCUCGACGUACCAAGCGACUGCCGAAGGAUCAUCCUGUCGACUGAUAUUGCCGAGGCUUCUGUCACGAUCCCAGAUAUCAAGUACGUAAUUGACUCCGGGAAAGUGAACCAAUUGCUCGUCGAUCAAAAACGCAACUGCAGUCGGUUGGCCAACUGCUGGGCCACGCAGUCCAAUGCUCAACAGCGAGCUGGGCGAGUUGGUAGAGUCCAGGCUGGAGACUACUACUACAUUGGAACCAAAAAGCGAUUUGACACUCUUCGCAUCACCCCGACGCCCGAAAUGCUCCGAGGUUCCUUGCUAGACACCUGCUUGCGUGCGAAGAAUUUUGCCGGCAAAGAAUCAAUUUCGAGUUUCCUUGAAAAAACCAUCGAACCGCCCAACAACGAUGAGGUGCUUGCGAACGUGGAAUCCCUGAAGCAGCUCCAGGCCCUGGACGAGAACGAGAACAUCACAACUCUAGGCCACCUAAUCUCCCAGCUAGCCCUGCCUCCCCAUUUGGCCAAGCUGGUCAUGCUGGGUAUCAUCUUCCGUUGUCUGGAUUCAUUGCUCAUUCUGGCAUCUAUCGGAGUCCAGUCGUCCCUCUUCAUCCGCAAUACGGAACCCAAUACCAGGAGUUUGGUCCAGGCCUCGUGCAUUGAAUUCGCCGAUGGAAGUUCCAGCGAUCAUAUCAGUGCGCUCAAUGCUUUCAGAGCUGUUCGGAAGAUACAUCAUGAACACGGGAUAUCUAAAGCAAAGGAAUAUGCCAAGGAGCAUAUGAUUCGAUUCAACUCUUACAGUAUGGUGCUUCGGACAACCAGACAUGUCUUUGACAAGUUACAACGAGAAGAUAUUGUCUCGAGAGAGCAUUCCAGAUAUGAUGAUCAAUCACAAGUCGGCGGCUCGAGACUAAAUACCAACUCGCACCACACCCCACUCAUCAAAGCACUGCUGCUGCACUGUCUCUUCCCGCGCAUCGCAGCACCAAAAAUGAACCCUCGAUCCUGGAAAUUUGCCACAGACUACGAUUCCCGCUCAAUGAUUCACCCACGUAGUGUGGUCAUGGCAGGUUGUACAUUCAAGACACCGCCGAAGUCCUUGACGGUAUACAGUUCCAAGGUGGAAACUACCUCGCCAGACCCAUUUAUCAUCGAGAAUACCCUCGUCUCGCCAUUGAUGGCGACUAUGUUUGGUGGCAGACUUACCUGGGACAAGAAGGAGAUGCUCAUGGACUCAUGGCUGAACCUCGACAUCAACACGGAGAAAGCAAUGGCCGACAACGACGAAGCAGCCCGAAGCUUGAUCGAGCUACAAAAGGCCAUCAAUCUUUGCUUGACUACUGCUUAUGACACCCUAGCCAGUGGCGUCGAACUGCCCAGAAGCUACCGCAAGAGAAUCGCAUACAUGCAAGACCGAAAAACGCUCUAUAUUACCCUCGCCGAAUCCGUCAUGGAACUACUCGAUCGAGAUCGUAAUGCAGAGCCCGUCGAACAUUUGUCAGAUGUUUUGUCCUUGUGGGAUGAUACGUACUUCAAGGAUGAAGAUGUGGAUUUGGAACAUGCGAACUUAAACUUGGUCGACUCGGGAGUUCUGGAAAAUUCCAUCGACGAAUAG